GAGGCAAAUUUGCAGAAGUACUAGGUGGUCCACUUGCUGUUUGACUGAUGUUCGUGCAAAGUCCAAGGGCUUUUGCAAUGGACAGAGCCGAGGAAGAGGAUGCGAGGCUGGACGUUCUCUGGCAAAAGACGGCAAUUAGUCCUCUUUUGUAUUAAGGGUGUUAUUGUAUUUGUUCGAACAUGACGACCAAGAGUCCUCUGCACGGACAUUUAGAUCCGAACGCCGCGCGCUCCAUCCCGGCGGCCGGCGCGCAUGACGCGGCGGCCAAAGCCAAGCGCGGCAACUCGGGGUUGAGGCGGCCCGAGAAACCCCCCUACUCCUACAUCGCCCUCAUCGUCAUGGCCAUCCAGAGCUCUCCCAGCAAGAGGCUAACCCUCAGCGAGAUCUACCAGUUCCUACAGGCGCGCUUCACCUUCUUUCGAGGCUCCUACCAGGGAUGGAAGAACUCUGUCCGGCACAACCUGUCGCUCAACGAGUGCUUCAUCAAAUUGCCCAAGGGCCUCGGCAGACCCGGCAAGGGUCAUUAUUGGACAAUCGACCCGGGUAGUGAGUUCAUGUUCGAGGAGGGUUCGUUCCGACGAAGACCUCGCGGCUUCCGGAGAAAAUGCCAAACGUUUAAACCCGUGUAUAGGAUGAUGAACGGCAUCGGGUUCGAUUUCCAGGCCGCGUCGGGCCCGUUAGUUUGUCACAACGGCUACAAUUUGGAUUUCAACUCGAUGCCUCACGGAGGUUUCGAUGGUGUCACGGGGGGACAUUAUGUGUCCCCCGGUUCCGGCUCGUCAUAUAUGAGCGCGACCCCUAAUGUUGACUACAUCUGCCCGGAUAGCGGCGGCAGCUCACUGCAGUCCUCCCCGGCCUUGGUGGGCUCCGUGGAAGGUCAAAGUCUUUACGGAAACACAGCCCCCCACUGGAGUUCGUCUGCCGUUUCUCCGUAUAUUAAACAGCAGACUCUGACGGCUAAUAACGGCACCGGUGCUGCCCACAAUGCUCUGCACACACACGGGAUGGCGUCCUCUUCUCUGGAUCAAAGUUAUCUUCAUCAUAAUGGACGGGAUUCUGCUGACAUUCCAGCGGGACUGUCUCGGUACUCCAGCCACUCCAGUGCAGUGUGCGAGCGGAAGGAUUUGGUUUUAAGCCUCAACGGGAUGUCCUCUCUGCAUUCGAGCACCGGAGCAUCUUAUUAUCAUCAUCACCAUCCCCAUCAUCACCAACUGCACCAUCACCAAAGUGCCUAUCAGGACGUCAAGCCUUGUGUCAUGUGAACACGGACAUUUGACAACGUGACACUACAACCCCCCCUCCCUUUUUCUAAAGUUAAAACAGCAGUGGCGUUCCAUAUACGGUAUAUAUAUUUUUUUCAAACAAUGUGAUCUGUAUAAUGGAAGCAGACCCGUUAGGGAUGUAAAUCACAAUUUCAUGACGAGUCUACCACAUAUCAAGGGCCUUGGAUUAAUUAAAUUAAUAUGGUCGAUACACAUUUAACACGUUACAUUUAACUUAAAGCAAUAAAAAAGACGCAAUUUCGUUGCUGAAGCAUUUAUGAGAUGACUGAAAACCAUUCUUCUAAAGUGACAAUGUUAAUGUUUUUACAUUUCUAUCAAUUGGUUCGUUGACUAAUCAAUCGAUAUAGGAUCCAGAUCAAUGUAUUCACUCCUAAUUAACAUUGUGGGAAAUGUAAUUUCUUUCAUUCUAACCAAAGGUGAAGUGACUGUACUUUGUAAAUUUGAAAAACUAUAUAUCAUACUAUUAAAAUCCCAAUCACUGUCUCAAUAACUAAAAGGAUUUAAGUAUCUAAAAGUACUUCCCCUUGUGUUGAAGAAUUUGAAUAUGAGACGUUAAUUUCGCAGUGAGCUUACUGAAGCAACAACAUUUUUGUACCAUUUUCAUUUAUUGAGAUGCACAUGUACAUAUUUUUUGUUUAGUCCUUGCACUUAAUGUUGCUGAAUAAGGUCAUUAAAAGAAAGGUAUUUUAUCAAAACUGUUUGUCAACUUCAUUAUAGGUAAAUAUAAAUAUACAGUAUAUGCAGUGGCCAACAAAUGUUGUUGUCAGUGAAAUUCCACUCAUUUAGCCCUGCUGUUAUGUUAUUGGUUAGGUUAGGUUAGGUGCUUUUUAUAAUUUUUUUUCUGGAGACGAUUCCAUUA